AUCAUUUUGGUAGUAGUCUUCAUCUGUUUCACAAAUCCCACUUCAACUAGAUUAAUAACACAAAAAUGUUCAAAUUUUUGAUUGUUCUUGUUGCCUGCACUGCCCUGGUCUUGGCUGCACCCGCCAAGGAAGAUAAAGAGCAAGUCGAGAUUGUGAAGUCAGAAAUUACCAAACAUGAAGAUGGCUCCUAUCAAGUGGCCUACGAAACCGGUGAUGGUACUCAACGCGAAGAAGAGGCCACCGUUGUGGGUGAAGGUACCGACGCGGAGUCCUUAGAAAUCAAAGGUUCCUACAAAUACAUCAACGAUGAUGGUGAUGAAGUUGAAGUAUUCUAUACCGCUGGCGUAAAUGGUUUCGUGCCCUAUGGCAGUGUGAUCAAUCCCGAAAUCACUGCUGUCGCCAAGGCUGCCAAGGAUUUGCCUAAGGAUGAAGAUGACUACAAGAAGAGAGGCAAGAGCUCCGAAUAAAUAAAGCUGGCCCCAAAACACAACGCACUGUAUUCAAAUGCGUCUCAGGUUAAAACCAUCUCACCAAACAACACCAUUGCUAUCACUAUUUUCAACUA